CAACAGUCCUAGAGACUCCAGAGACGGCAGCCCUGUUCUGCCGUUCUCCCUCACGACGGCGCGACAUACGCCCCCCGGUUAGUCGGCAGUCGGGACACCUCCGGUCGCGCUCGCACAUACGGCGCAGCCUAGUAGCCCCUUGUACAAUUGAGGAGAUCUGCCAGCAGAAAGCAUUGAAAUUGAAUGUCUUUCACUUUCACCGCUGCUAAGAUAUUCGAACUGCUACGAACUCAGGCGCUCGCUUCUCCAAGAGUUGGUCCGGUCAAAAAGUUCUUUCACGCUCUUGACAACAUCUGUGAAUGUGAUCAACCUCCGUGGUUGCGCUGCGGUCUUUUCCCGUUUCCAUGGCGGAAACUGAAACCAAGUUCAAUGUUGUGUUCUCGACCACUCUGCUUGAGAAGUUAGCGCGGGACACCCCUGCCGGGCGUGAGCGCGUGGAGGAGCGUCGCCGCCAGUACGAGCGCCAGCAGCGCCAGGAGGCAGACCAGGCCGCAGCACAGCGGGCCCCACCAACAGACUCCGCCGGCCCCAGCGGCGGCGGCACCAGUGCGCUCACGCACUGGAAUCAAGCUAGGCCAUCCCCGCCUGGCCACCCCCGGGGCAUGCCCGGCAGCAUGCCCCCAGGCAUUCCAGGAUUUUUGCACUUUGCAAGGCCGGGCGGAGGGGCGGGGCGGCAUGAAGCAGCAGAGGAGCCGCUGCCCGCGGACCUGGCGCCCAUCAAGAGGGCACUGGCAGAGAGCGAGCACGUGGGUGCGCUGCUGCUGAAGCGCGAGGAGGAGGAGCUGAGCCAGGUGCGCGUGCUGGCGCACCGCCUGCACGACCAAGAGUACAGGGCGCCCUCGCGGCCGCCUCCAUGCGCUGCCCACCGUGACGCCUGCCUGCGCUGCUACUCCGUUCACCAGCAGGACCCCCUCCAGUGUGCCGAUGUCGUGCGGGCCUUCACCCAGUGCUCCCGCGAAGCGCAGCAGGCAUUCGUGGAAGCAAGUUCGAAGGCGCGGGUGGCAGAACGGUAACCUCGGUGCCCUGGCCACGAGACAUGCCUGCGGUUUCUUGGCUCGAGUUUUCGUUUGGUUGGUCGUUUUGGCGAGGAGGGAGAUUGUCGACCUUCUUUGAUGUCUUUGAUGAGUCAUAUGAGGAGCAGCAGCCCUCGAAUGUGGUGUACGGGUCGCUGCGCUGAGUUGGUAUGAGUGCUGCUCGACUUUGUGUAAUCCGGUUGAAAACUACAUCAACCAAGCGAUCUGCGCCUUCACCGUUCAUAUCCAUCGCUAUGGCGGCAGUGGGCCCCAGUCACGGCAAGGCUACAAGGCUGCUGAUGCUGAUGUAGAUAACAUUUUCACAAGCAUUUGGCUUGGCUGGUGCUGCUACCUGGAAAAGGCUGUCCACUGCUUUUGCAACGAGAAAGGUACAUCGCUGAG